AGAAAUUAAUUGCUUCAAAAUUGAAGGUUUGAAUACCUAUUGCUAGGGAUUCUAAUUCACCCUUCUAAGAUAUGGAUGCGGAGGAUGAGGAAGCUCCACAAACUAAACCUUCUCUUCCAUUCCAACCACACCCUGAUCCUGAUGCUGAUGCUGAUGCCGAUGCACCUGUUGACCUCUCAACCACCGUGUCACAAUGCGAUACCGGCCUGCAAAAUUUUACCAACUCCGGUGGAGGAGACGUGCCGCCGGCUCCUGUUCACGGCGGAGAUGCCGAGGUUGUGAUCACGGGGAAGUCGAGUGAAGCCGACGCGGUGGUGGUUUCAACCGAUGAGAUAAAGGAGACGGUGAUGGUGGUGGCCGAUGGGGGCAGCGAAGUGCAAGUGAUGGACGUAGCGGGUAAUGAGAUAGUUGAGGAUAGGGAUAGCGUAGGGAUGGAUGAUUCGGAGAAGAGAAAUGCCUCUGGCUCAUGUGUGGUUGGUGUGGAAGAUGAAAUUGUGGAGGGGAAAGGGAAUGAAGGAACCGAUGUGGAUGACAUGGUUUUGGAGACUGGGAAGGUGGAAGAGGAAGCCAAUUUGACAAUUGGGGAGAACGAGGACGAUGGGGAGACAAAUGAAGUUGCUUUGACGGAAGGAAAAAAAGAACAACAACAAGAAGAAGAGGAAGAGGAGAAACAACAUCAACCAGAAGCUGAAGCUGAUGCUGAUGCUGUUGGUAGUAUGGCAGAAGAUACAGAGGAUGCUGAGGAGACAAAUGAAGCUGCUUUGAUGGAAGAAGAAGAAGAAGAGCAAGAGCAAGAACAACAACGAGAGCGACAAGAAGCUGAAGGUGAAGGUGAUGCUGUUGGUGGUUUGGCAAAUGAUAAAGAGGAUGCUGAAGAAACAAAUGAAGCUGCUUUGAUGAAAGAAGAAGAAGAAGAAGAGGAAGAACAACAACAGCGACAAGAAGUUGAUGCUGAUGCUGAUGAUGGUAUGGCAGAAGAAGAUACAGAGGCUGCCGAGGAGAUAGAGGUGACGGAGGAGCAGAGUACGAGUGUCAGUGGUGGGAAGAGGAAGCGUGGGGCUGGGAAGAAUGCUAAGUCUGCAGGGAGAGUUCCAUCCAAAAAAAAGAUGGAGGAGGACGUUUGUUUCAUUUGCUUUGACGGGGGUGACCUUGUGCUUUGUGACCGCAGGGGAUGCCCCAAGGCUUACCAUCCUUCAUGCGUCAAUCGUGAUGAGGCCUUCUUUCGAGCCAAGGGAAGGUGGAAUUGUGGUUGGCAUCUUUGCAGCAUCUGUGAGAAGAAUGCAUACUAUAUGUGCUAUACAUGUACGUUCUCUUUGUGCAAGGGAUGCAUCAAAGAUGCUGUUAUCUUAUGUGUUCGAGGAAACAAGGGAUUUUGUGAGACAUGCAUGAGAACUGUAAUGUUGAUUGAACAGAAUGAGCAGGGAAACAACAUGGGACAAGUGGAUUUUGAUGACAAAAACAGCUGGGAGUAUCUCUUCAAGGACUACUACAUAGAUCUUAAAGGAAAGCUAUCUCUAACAUUUGAAGAACUCACUCAAGCUAAAAACCCUUGGAAGGGAUCUGAUGUGCUUCCUUCUAAAGAGGAAUCACCAGAUGAACUUUUUGAAGGCAAUAAUGAUAGGGGAUCAGAUUCAGAUAGAUCCUAUGAGAAUGUAGAUUUGAGUCGUCCUACAAGAAGAAAGGCCAAGAAACGGGCAAAAAUGCGUUCCAAAGAAGGGAGUUCAUAUAGUGCAGUGACGGUGCUUGGUGCCGAUGGGCCAUCUGCAGAUGGCAGCUUUGAGUGGGCUUCAAAAGAGCUUUUAGAGUUUGUUAUGCACAUGAGGAAUGAAGACAAAUCUGUUUUGUCUCAGUUUGAUGUGCAGGCUCUUUUGCUAGAGUAUAUUAAAAGAAAUAAACUUCGAGAUCCUCGCCGAAAAAGUCAAAUCAUUUGUGAUGCAAGGCUCCAAAAUUUGUUUGGUAAACCAAGAGUGGGACAUUUUGAAAUGUUAAAGCUUCUUGAAUCCCAUUUCCUUCUGAAAGAUGACUCUCAGGCUGAAGACCUACAGGGUAGUGUUGUUGAUACUGAAGUGAGUCAUUUGGAAGGUGAUGGAAAUGCCGAUUCAUUUCUAAAAGCUGGCAAAGAUAGGAGACGUAAAACUCGUAAGAAGGGUGAUGAGAGAGGACUUCAAUCUAAUGUUGAUGAUUAUGCAGCCAUUGAUAAUCACAAUAUUAAUUUAAUUUAUCUACGACGUAAUUUGGUGGAAGAUAUACUUGAGGAUAUGGAAAAGUUUCAUGAUAAAGUUGUUGGUUCUUUUGUGAGAAUAAGAAUUUCUGGUAGUGGACAGAAGCAAGACUUGUAUAGGCUGGUUCAGGUUGUAGGCACAUGCAAAGCAGCAGAGCCGUAUAAAGUUGGUAAAAGAAUGGCAGAUAUCUUGCUAGAAAUCUUAAAUUUAAACAAGACAGAGAUUGUAUCAAUUGAUAUUAUCUCAAAUCAGGAGUUCACAGAGGAUGAAUGCAAGCGUCUCCGCCAAAGCAUAAAGUGUGGUCUCAUAAAUCGGCUGACUGUGGGUGACAUUCAGGACAAAGCAUUGGCGCUUCAGGCAGUUAGAGUGAAAGAUUGGCUAGAAACAGAGAUAAUGCGGCUGAGUCAUCUUCGUGAUAGAGCUAGUGAGAAAGGUCGCAGAAAAGAGCUAAGAGAAUGUGUAGAGAAAUUGCAGCUUUUGAAAACACCUGAAGAACGUCAGCGUAGAUUGGAGGAAAUUCCCGAAAUACAUGUGGAUCCAAACAUGGAUCCAAGUUAUGAGUCUGAAGAAGAUGAAGAAGAAAUGGAUAAUAAAAGACAAGAAAAUUACAUGAGACCUAGAGGAUCUGCCGCAUUUGGAAGGAGGGGGAUGGAAAUUGUUUCUCCUAGAAGUGGUUCUAUUUCAAGUGAUUCUUGGACUGGAACAAGGAAUUAUUCUAAUGUGAACAGAGAGCUCAGCAGAAAUUUGUCUAGUAAGGGUUUUUCACUCAAAGGCGAUGAUGUUUCUAAUGCUAGCGAGGCAUUAAAUGAUGCUCAAUUGCAUCAGGGAAGAGAUAGGGAAUCACAACUAUCAAAUAGCUGGGAGAGGCAAAAGCUAUCUUCAAGCUUCGAAAGUGGUGCUAAAAGUAGCCAACCAUUGGUAACAUCUGAGUCUUUUUCUACUGCUGUGCUAGAAGCUUCUGCAACACCAUCUUGUGCUGGAAUAGCUCCCCCAGCGGUGAAAAUUAACGAAACUGAAAAGAUGUGGCAUUAUAAGGAUCCAUCUGGAAAAGUUCAGGGACCAUUUUCCAUGGUGCAGCUACGCAAAUGGAGUAACACAGGAUACUUUCCUGCUGAUUUGAGGAUUUGGAGAACCACUGAGAAGCAAGAUGAAUCUAUACUCUUAACAGAUGCCUUAGCAGGGAAAGUUUCUAAGGAACCACCAAUGGUGGGUGAAACUCUUCCUAAGGCUCAAACGGUGCAUUUGGCUGCUCAAAAAGGCAUAGAAGGUCAAGUUGGAGGAAGAUCAACAUUUGAUCAAAAUAGUGGAUCUUGGAAUUUAAAUAGUACUCUGGGUUCUCCUGGACAAACCACAGGAGGAAUUUGGAGAUCUAAAGAUAAUAUUAAUUCUGUAGCAAAUAGACCCUCUCCUUUGGCAGUUGAGGUCCCCAAGAAUCCUGCAAAUGGUUGGGGUUCUGAUGCCGGUGUUAGAAAUGAAUCAACAAAUCUUCCUUCGCCUACUCCCCAGCCUACUUCAGGUGCGACUAAGGGCCAGGCUUUUGAAAAUACAUGGUCUCCAACCCCUGUCCAGUUGGCUGGGUCUCUCUUACGAAAUUCAUUCCCAGGCGGUCCUGGAGGUUUGCAGGCCUCUGGGGUAGUGCUCCCAGAGAAUGUUGUACAAAAUACUGAAAAUGGUUCAAGUUCACAAGCUGGUAUGACUUCAGCUUCUAAAUCAGAGAAGGGUAUGAUAUUGAGCUCCACAGAUACUCAAGUGCAUCCUCAAGCAACAACAGCGGCACCUGUUCUGACUUCAGGUGUUGACAUUAAAAUGGCAGGUGUCCAAAACCAAGUUGUGAGUAGCCAUAACUCUCGUAUUGAAGCUCAAGGGUGGGGUUCUGGUUUGGUUCAAAAGCCAGAACAACAGGCCUGGGGAGGUACCCCAUCUCAAUGGAUAGAACCAAAUAAUCCUGCUACUAUGCCUGUCCGGCCCGCUUCCCAUGGCCUUUGGGGUGAUGCUUCGUCUAUCCAGAACUCUACCUCAUUUAGCACUGGAAAUCCAACUGGGAGUUUACCCACGCCUGGCUUUGUGGGUAUGACUACACCUGAGCCUUGGAGACCACCAACUUCAAGUAAUCAAUCAAACAUUACAGCUCCGGCUCCAGCUCCGCCCAAUAUACCUUGGGGCAUGGGCCUGCCAGGAAAUCAGAAUAUUAACUGGGGUAGUGGGGCUUUUCCUGCCAAUAUGAACAUGAACAUGAGCUGGAUGCCUGCGCAGGUGGCAGCACCUGGAAAUGCAAAUCCAGGAUGGGCUGCUCCUAGUCAGGGUGUACCUCCAGUAAAUGCAGUUGGCUGGGUUGCACCUGGUCAAGGAGGUUCACAUGUAAGUGCAAAUGCAGGUUGGGUUGUUCCUGGACCUGGUCAAGGGCUGGCACCUGGAAGUGCCAAUCCCGGUUGGUCUGCACCAGCUGGGAAUCAAGGGGUGUGGGGAAGUGAGCAAAGUCAUAAUGGAGACAGGUUUCCCAACCAAGGGGAUCGUGGUACCCAUGGUGGAGGUGGAGAUUCUGGUUAUGGAGGUAAAUCUUGGAACAGACAGUCAUCAUUUAGCAGCGGAGGCAGAGGGGGUUCUUCCAGGCCUCCUUUCGGGGGACAAAGAGGAGUCUGCAGGUUUCAUGAGAGUGGACAUUGCAGGAAAGGGGCUUCCUGUGAUUUUCUACACCCUUAAAAGAGUUGUAGGGCUUAUUAGCGGCAGAGAAUUAUCUCUUACUGUACAGUAUUUUCCCUUUCCCUGUCUUAACACUAUAUAAGAGUGCGUCAUGUAUGUAGAACUUGUGCAUUGUAGCUUUUCAUUUAUUUCUCUCGCUUGAUUGCCUUUUUUGGCCUUGUAUUCCUUACUUACUUGCAGUUGAGUGAUGCGAGAGAUGACUAGCAGCAGAAUUUAAGGUGGCUGGCUUUAGGGGUCCGUUUGGAUGAGUUUAAAAAUAAAAAUGUUUUUUUAUAAAAAAAUUUAAGUCAAGAGUUAUUUUAUGUUUGGGUGGUAUUUAAA